AUGGAGUCACAUGUCUGUCAGGUGUCCAAGGAGCUGACCUUAUUGGAGGCAUAUGAAGAAAGGACGGAUGUGCUGAAGAACCUGACACACAGGUACCUUCCUGAGGUCCCAAUUCUGGGUUGUACAGGAUCUGAACCGUACGCCCCCUUUCUUCGGCUUGCUGAAGAAAAGGUAUGGAGUCCGUCAUUAGCUCACUGGGGCCCUGAGCAGACAACAGAACCUUUGUCUCAAAUCCAGAGAGCAUCAGACUCCGAAAUCUUCCAACAAAUCUUCUGGUUUCUAUUUGCAGAAUGUUCUUGCAGCAUUACAAUGUUAGUUUCCAGUGUGCCUCCAAGGCAACAAAAGAGCUCUGCAUUUCUGACAGAAGAUUCUGAUCAGGACUUCUUUGGAAAUGUGGAGUCCGCUCUGACAGGCUUCCUGCAGUGUCAUGGCCCAUUUUCACACCUGUUUGAUCGAAAAUUUAUCCGUAAAGCUCGAGGAAAUGACUUCGCCUGGAAGCACGAGGAAGGCUCAAGAGCCAUGUUUGACCACAUGAUCAAGACCAAUAAGCUGGAAGCUGAUUUCAAGAACUAUGGCCUGGUGUUACCAGAAGACCUUGACUUUAUCAAAGAGCAGAUCGCAGGACCAGAAGAGCCCAAUAAUGAUUUGUGGCCAUAUAAAGGUCGGCCCAAAGAGAAAAGUUUUCUUUAUGAAAUCAUUGCCAACAAAAGAAAUGGGAUUGAUGUUGAUAAGUGGGAUUAUUUUGUCAGGGACAGUCACCAUCUGGGAAUCCAGAACAACUUUGACUUUCAACGCUUCCUUAGGUUUGCUCGAGUUUGUGAAGUUGAUGGAACAAAGCAGAUUGGCACUCGAGAUAAAGAAGCUGGUGAUAUGUAUGACAUGUUUCACACACGCUACACUUUGCAUCGCAGAGCCUUUCAACAUAGAGUGAUCAACAACGUUGAAAGCAUGAUCACAGAGGCGUUGCUGCUUGCAGAUCCACACAUUAAGAUAACUGGUAAAAAUGGGAUUAAGUGUACAAUGUCCAAAGCAAUUGAUGACAUGGUAGCUUACACCCAACUCACAGACUCUGUCUUUGAAAACAUCCUGAAUUCGUCUGACCCUGCAUUGAGCGAAGCACAGGAAAUCCUGAGAAAUCUUGUGAAGCGCAAGCUAUUUAAAUUCAUCAGGGAAGCUCGGUUUGCAGAGAAUACAGAAAAUUUGGAAGACGAAAGAGAAAACCUGCGUCAGAAAUUGGUUAAAGCUACCAGGUUGAAUGCAAACGAUUUCAUAGUAAAUGUUGUUCCGAUGGACUAUGGGAAGAAGGGAAAAGAUCCCUUUACGAACACUUUAUUCUACACAAAGGAGAACCCUAAUGACACAAUCAAAAUCCCUAAAGAUCAGGUGUCUCAUCUAUUGCCAUCGAGAUUUGCAGAGAAGCUGGUCCAAGUGUACUGCAAGAACGUGGCGAUGGAUGAAGAUGCAAUGAAAAAAGCCAAAGUCCAAUUUGAAGUCUGGCAUCAAGAGCUGAGGUUGGAGCAGAAUGCCAGUGGAAUGACGUCACCUGCCCUCAGAGCUCCAGAUGCACACGUUCCCACAGUCACCGUGACAGGCAUCGGAUCGACCUUCUUGCGAGUGAACCACAGGAAAUCAACUAGCCCAGAUGGAGUCCCCGGCUGUGCACUCAGAUCCUGGGCGGACCAGCUUGGUGGGGGUAUUUGCUGA